UUUACGUUUACAAGCUCAUUUGUAUAAGAAGCCCCAACCAAUAGCUGAGGAUUCAGAGGAUCAACGGUGGAAGUGGUUUAAGAAUUGUCUAGGUGCUCUAGACGGGACGUAUAUCAAAAUCAGAGUGAUCGAGGUUGAUAAGCCUAGAUACAAAACUCGUAAAGGUGACAUAGCAACCAAUGUGUUAGGAGUUUGUACUCCAGAUAUGCAAUUCGCAUAUGUCCUUCUUGGAUGGGAGGGUUCUGCAGCUGAUGGUAGGGUAUUACGGGAUGCUAUUUCUAGGGAACAUGGACUUAGGGUGCCAACUGGUUGUUAUUAUCUCGUUGAUGCUGGUUAUACAAACUGUGAGGGCUUUUUGGCACCCUUUAGAGGUCAAAGGUAUCACCUUAAUGAGUGGCGUCAAGGACAUCGACCGAGAAAUGAUGAUGAGCUUUUCAAUUUGAGACAUGCCUCUGCUCGUAAUGUUAUUGAAAGGUGUUUCGGCUUGCUUAAGAUUCGAUGGGCGAUUCUUAGAAGUCCGUCAUUUUAUCCUGUUAGGGUUCACAAUAGAAUUAUAAUUGCUUGUUGCCUAUUGCAUAAUUUCAUUAGGAGAGAGAUGACUUUUGAUCCUAUGGAAGAUCAACUGAAUGAAACGGAUGUUGACAACCCUAAUGAGGAUAGUGAUCAUAUUUCUGAUAUUCAAACAUUAAAUGUUUGGAGUAAUUGGAGGAAAGAGUUGGCAACUCAGAUGUUUAAUGAGUGGAACUCAUCCACUACUUAGAUAGAUGUUGUGAUUGGGAAUUGUAAUGUUAACUUUGAGUUGUUUUUUCAUCAACUACUUAGAUGGAUUUGCUUGGUAUUGUAAGUUGUAUUGUCAUUGCUUUCUAAAGACAAUGUAAUGAAUCUAUUUCAAUGCACUUUCGGUUUGAUUUUCUGAAA